AUCGCAAAACGAAAUUAUUUAUAUAUGCAUUUACGAUUGAUCACUGACGCGUUUACGCGUAGUGCUUUCAAUAGUGUUCUGUUAAUAAUCAGCUCUCCUGAUUAAGUCGGUUUGAAACUCUACAAAGAUGUCGUUAGCAGGAUUAAAAAAACAGAUAAACAAGGCCAAUCAGUAUAUGAGUGAAAAGAUUGGUGGGGCUGAAGCUACAAAAUUAGAUGAAGAUUUUUUGGAAUUAGAAAAGAAAACUGAUGUCACAAAUGAGCUUGUUGAGGAGCUGCAAAUCAAAACCAAGGAGUACUUGCAGCCAAACCCAGCUUCAAGAGCUAAGAUGUCGGCUAUGAGCUCCUUCUCAAAGAUCAGAGGAUCUUCUAAGUACAUGCCGUAUCCUCAGCCUGAAGGCACGCUGGGAGAUGCAAUGAUAAAGUAUGGCAAAGAUCUCGGUGACGACUCUUCCUUUGGUCAGGCAUUAUGUGAGAUGGGAGAAGCCAUGAAACAGCUGGCUGACAUUAAGUAUGCACUCGAGGACAACGUGAAACAGAAUUUUCUGGAACCACUUCAUUCAUUACAAAACAAGGAACUGAAAGAAGUCAUGCAUCACAGAAAGAAGCUAGAAGGACGCCGGUUAGAUUAUGACUGCAAGAAAAGGAAGAAGAGGGGAGGCUCCCACAUGACAGAUGACGAGAUGCGUGUGGCAGGGGAGAAGUUUGAGGAAUCCUGGAAUCUGUCUGAGGCAGCCAUGAUGAAUCUCCUGGACAGUGAGGUGGAACAGAUAGUUCAAGUGACUGCUCUAGCAGAAGCACAAAGGGAGUAUUUCAAGCAGUCAUUGGACGUCAUUGAAGUCUUAGUUGGUGUGCUGGAAGAGAAGAAGAGAGAGGCAGAGAACAAGCCGAGGCAGGAGCCCUCUGUGCAUGUAGUGCCCAGAGCCUCGAGCAACCUGUCGAUCAACAAGACCGAGACCUACGAUGAUAAAGAUAAGGCCACCAUUUUGAAUAAUACUGACAAGAGCAACCGGUCGAAGAGCCCUCACCUGCUGUUCAAUGACAACGCCUGGCCGGGAGAUGACAGCUUUAAUUCCGCUAAUACUCAGUCAGCUUGGCCGACUGAAUCAAGCCCCCACAUUCCAGUGUCAGCCUCACCGAAGCCUGCGCAGCCCUGCUGCGAGGCGCUGUACGACUUUGAUGCGGAGAACGAGGGUGAGUUGCAAUUCAAAGAAGGCGAAAUCAUCUACCUAAUCGAGCGUAUUGACGAGAACUGGUUCGAGGGAACGAUGGCAGGUCGCACCGGCUUCUUCCCUGUCACCUACGUUCGCGUCAUCGUCGACCUACCAAACUCCACCAGCUUGCUAUAAGCCACCUGGAGGCACCGUCGUCGUGGAAACAACCUGCAACCCUUAAGUGGUAGGUCGGUCGGUCAUAAUGUCGGCAGGGUGUUGACGAAUCACCGUUUUGGUUGGGGUUUUUGCGUGCUUGUAGGCUUAGGUAAACGAUGGAGCGAGAAAAUGCCAUGAGCAGUUACAUCCUCGGAUGUGUGAAGAUGCUGAUAUCAAGUUUAAUCAUAGUAUCAGCACUGGAAAAUCAUUAUGAUAGCCUUCAUAGCAUAGCAUCAUAGAGUGCUUUGCUUACAUGACGUUACACCUAUUUAGUGCAUUAUUUCUACUUGCUAUUAGUUCAAGGGUGUGGUGUGAUUAGGGAAAACACAGCUUGAGAAAAAACUAAUGUAUGAAUUAAUAAGCUAAAAAGCUGAUGUGCACAAAGUCGGAUCAACCCUCUAUCUCCUUUAAUUAUAUGUACACGUAUUAAUCAUUCCCAGUGUGUUGAGAUACUCUUAUUAUGCAAUUAUCCAUUCCUAGUCUAUAAUUCCACUUUGCUGAUUAGACCUGAAAUGGAAACAUUGUGUCUAGCAGUAUAAUUAGCUUGCUAAACUAUGGCUGUUUAUUCUAAUGCAAUAUUUAACAAUCUAGAAAUUUAGUAUACUCUGUAGUAAAAUUACCAAGGUAAAUGACAUUCUCUAAUGAAUUGUUGUCAACCUAUUUAAUACUAGGUAGUGCGUGUAUUUUUCAAAAAUAAUUGACCCUAGAUCUGGAUUAUUCAAAGAACUGACACGUCAUAGAGUGCUUCAUUUCCAAAUGCAUUCAUCAAAGAUCUGGAUUAUGUACAGAAUUAAUGUGCCAUUAUCGUCACCCUCAGUUACCCGAUUUAGUUAGAAGGUUAAAUGUGGUCUAAUACAAGAUACUAUAACGGAUAAAAAAUUAUUAUACUGAAUGGAAAAAAAUGCUUGUAGCAACCUGGAUGUGUAAUUGGGUUUAGAAUCUGGUUGACAAGUCAGGCUUGUAAAGGAAAUAAAUACUCUUAAAGUAGGCGGCACAUGUGUAGAAAUUCUGUAAGUGAUGGAAUUAAUUGACAUUCCGAACACGCAAUAUUACACUGAUUUAUAAACGCCAUCAUACUAUCCAAUAACUAUUACAAUCUGUAGCAUAUUACAACAUGUAGAUAAAUAUGUAAUAUUCCUAUAUUUGUUUGCAAUAACAUGUUAUAUGAGUUAUGAGCACUAUACAAAGGCCAGUUUGCUAUUAUGGUGGCUAUCGUCUGUGGUAGGUGGUUAAUCUUUCAGCCAUCUGUGACUGACUUUACGUAUAAGACUGCUAACUGAGUAAUUUGUAUAUCGCAGUUCACUCCCUAGGUUAGAUACACACCAGAUCUACGAGUCCAGUACCAUUCUAUUGCUAGUCAUACUAUGAGUUACGCAACUUACCGGAUGUAUGUGCAUUAGGAUUUGCAAUAAUCUGGGGUUGGCAUGUUUUUGUAGAAGUAGGUAAGUAGAAUUAUAUAAGCAGUUAUUGAUUGCUCCAUCAGCGUUAGCACUGUGCCAAGGUUUGUGAAGAAUUUCUUACAAUCUUCUCAAGGCUUUAAAGUACAUGUAGUACUUAUCCUAUUGGCAUGGUUGCUUCCAGUUACC